UUGUCACUCUUCUCCUCAGUCCUCAGUCCUCAACCAGAGUUUGCAAUGGCUCUUGUGAAACCCAUUUCCAAGUUCACCAAUGCUGCUCCCAAAUUCAGCAACCCCAGAACAAUUUCACACUCCAAGUUCAGCACUGUAAGAAUGUCUGCAACAACCACACCACCAUCCUCCACAAAACCAAGCAAGAAAGCCAAUAAAACUUCCAUCAAGGAGACCCUUUUGACACCAAGGUUCUACACCACUGAUUUUGAUGAGAUGGAGACCCUUUUCAACACUGAGAUCAACAAGAACCUGAACGAGCAUGAGUUUGAAGCUCUGCUUCAGGAGUUCAAGACUGAUUACAACCAGACUCACUUUGUGAGGAACAAGGAGUUCAAGGAGGCUGCUGAUAAGCUUGAUGGCCCUCUCAGGCAGAUCUUUGUGGAGUUCCUUGAGAGGUCUUGCACUGCUGAAUUCUCUGGCUUUCUUCUCUACAAAGAGCUUGGAAGGAGGCUCAAGAAAACCAACCCUGUGGUGGCUGAGAUUUUCUCCCUGAUGUCUAGGGAUGAGGCUAGGCAUGCUGGGUUUCUGAACAAGGGUUUAUCUGAUUUUAAUUUGGCAUUGGACUUGGGUUUCCUAACAAAAGCUAGGAAAUACACAUUUUUCAAGCCCAAGUUUAUCUUCUAUGCUACAUAUUUGUCGGAGAAAAUUGGAUACUGGAGAUACAUAACCAUAUACAGGCAUCUCAAGGCCAACCCUGAGUACCAAUGUUAUCCCAUUUUCAAGUACUUUGAGAACUGGUGCCAGGAUGAGAACAGGCAUGGAGACUUCUUCUCUGCCUUGAUGAAGGCACAGCCACAAUUUCUAAAUGACUGGAAGGCUAAGUUGUGGUCCAGAUUCUUCUGCCUAUCGGUUUAUGUGACCAUGUAUCUCAAUGAUUGCCAACGCACAGAUUUCUAUGAAGGCAUUGGACUUAACACAAAAGAAUUUGACAUGCAUGUCAUUAUUGAGACAAACCGCACAACGGCUCGGAUUUUCCCGGCUGUUCUUGAUGUUGAGAACCCCGAGUUCAAGCGAAGGCUUGACCGGAUGGUGGAGAUAAACGAGAAGAUUCUUGCUGUUGGUGAGAGUGAUGACAUUCCAUUUGUGAAGAACUUAAAGAGGAUCCCACUGAUUGCUGCCCUGGCAUCCGAGCUCUUGGCUACAUAUCUAAUGCCACCAAUUGAGUCAGGAUCUGUAGAUUUGGCAGAAUUCGAACCACAGCUUGUGUACUGAAGUGUAUAAUCUCCUUAUUUCAUUUUGAUCUCUAUCGUAAUGUUCAUCUUGAGUGGCUACUAGUACUGCUGCCGCAAGACAGUGCGGAAACAUUUACCAUGAUGAGAUCUUUACUAGUUUUAUUCAUCUUUUUUCCCAA